GGGGGCGUUGUGGGAUAGAAGUGAUGGUCAGAGAUAAACACAAGAGGCUUGAAUCAUCAGUUGAUGUAAAGUUCAACUACGUUAUAGUACUAUAAGAUGAUUGGAAGGUGCUACAUUGUUUCUCUGCUAUUGGCGGUGGCAGCCACAUGUGCGGCAGCGGAGCUCUAUGGUUGCAAUGAAGCGGUGUGUGCAAGUGUCGUUAGCAAGUGCAUGCUGCUGAAAUCCUGUGAGUGUAAUAUGAAAGUUAACUGCACAUGCUGCCGUGACUGCUACAAGUGUCUGCAUGACUUGUACACGGAAUGUUGCUCCUGUGUUGGAAUGUGUCCAAAUGAAGCGAAAGUGAUCGAUAGGUUGAGUAAGAAAAGUUCUGUCGAGGAUCUUAACGAGCCGAUCCCAGACCUGUUCAAUGUAUUAACUGAAGAGGCUGAUCACCUGCUGAGAUGGGUGUCGAUGAACUUCCCACAGCACGAAGACCUUGCCGUGUUCCAACCGGCAAGUCCUCACAGGGCGACCGCUGUUAUGGGUGAUGUUAACUGUACUGCGGCCUUCAUGAGUCAGUGCAUGUCGCUGAAUAAAUGUAAAGUUUCCUGCUCGUCGAUGGGUGCCAGUAAGUACCGUUGGUUCCACGAUGGCUGCUGCGAGUGCGUCGGCCAUACCUGCAUCAACUAUGGCGUGAAUGUGAGCAAGUGCUUGCAGUGCCCGGCUGACAGAGACAGAGCCACAGAACAUGAAGAAACAGAUAAUACCUACCACAUGCCCAGCGAAAGUGAAGGGCACGAUGGAACGUACACGGAUGACAUGUCCGAAGAACAUGACAGCAAUCAGCAGGAGGUUGGCGAACACUACACCCAAGAAGAAGACCCAUGAUACUAACAGUACGAGGCACUGAGGUGCUAGGAACAUUAAGUUAUUUUACUUCAAAGACAGCUAUAUUGAAAUAUUACCCUAGCUUCCUGUAAAUGCCAUUAAAGUGCCUGACACCUAGUGUGAACACGGGGGGUAUAGUGAUGGGUGUCAAAAGAUUGGUACAGGUAAUGGUACCGUGUCUGUCAUUGCUUGUUCCUCUUGACACCAUCUAGUGUAUGGAAAAUAUUUUAUCAAUUUAUAUUUUUUGUAGCAAUGCGCAAACUGUUUUGAGUACAUUUUAUAUUGUGUCUAACAUAGUAAACAAUUUUUAUGAUGAAGAUAUUUCAACUCAUAACAGUUUUAUAUAAACGUAAAUGCAUCUUUUAAUGCACAAGUGGUAUUUGAGAAACCAGGGAUAUGUCCCCUUGCAGCAUGGUAUUUCAUACGAGUACAUUGUAAGGUGUGACAAAUCAUGAGAAAGGGACAUUUAUUGUCGACACUAGUAUUUUACAUACUCUUAGUUUUUGUGUUAAAAAGCUAUGUAAUUGUUGAAAGUAUAGUAGAGCUCAUGGUAAAGAUGAUUUUGUAAUCUAUCGCUAUGCAGAUAUACCAUCUGUAUUAUUUGAAAUGUAGUUGAAACCAUUUUGAAGGGGAUUUUGAUGUUGAUUAGUAAAUGUAAUUGUAUCUUGCCGAGUAACGCUUGUGCCACACUGUGAGAACUCAUGAUUUAUAUUAAAGUGGGUUCAUGCAUGCAUGCGUAAUGACUCACUGUGUCGAACGAUGCAAAUAGCUAUUUUUGUUUGGGGUAACCACUCAUCACGUUAAAACCAUGCUAGCUAGUUUUUUUUAUUAUAUUAGGCUGUGUGUAAUGUGCUAAGCACGCAGCAAAUCAGGAAAGAAAAAUGCCGCAACCCACCCCGAAAACUGGGUCAUGCCACUCUAAACUAGAACUUCCUGGCUCCCUCUCUGUAUAAACUUUAUAUUGCAACUUGCUCAGAUGUAGGCGCAUAGUUUUAAGCAGUAGUGAUACCGUCCACUUUUACCACGAAGCAGGUUGUAAUUGGGUUGAUGCAAUUAGUGGUUCUGAGAAAACUGGGAGAUCUGAGGCGGAUAUAUAUUGGUGAAUUUUCUUGUAGAAGUUGCAUCAUAUUUUGGUGCAUCAAUGUCAACUAGAAUGAACAGUAGUGUCGUAGCUCAUACAAAAUACUCAGUAGUUCAGAUGUAUUUAUGAAUUUUUUCCAUCAGUUAUAUACAUAUGCACGUUUUCUACACUAUCUAUAAAGCCAAUUACACGAUACUAAGUAGGUGUAAUAUCAGAUUCGUGGUGAGAAAUGUGGGUUUGUACGUGAUGCAAAGUUCACAAUGAAAAGUGUGGUCUCGUAUUUUGUCAGUAUAAGCAGUAUUUGUACAGUCUUGGGAAUAUAUUUGAAUAAUACACUGUAUGGAGAAGUGUUGUAGUAAAUAAUUUU